AUGGGAUCAACGCGUCCGCCUUCCGGCGCGCAUACUUCUCUGGCUCCAUCGGCUUCGAUUCUCAAGUCGCAACUUCAACCUUCACCGCUACCAUUGCAGCCUAUUGAAAACUCAAUCCAUCCAUCAUCCCGCCCGCACAGGCCAUUACAAGGUGUUCCUAGUCAAGGUUCCCUUGGUCGCAAACUCGGUUUCGUUCCCAUCUCUGCGCCUGCACCUCCCAUGUUCACCGAUUCACUGGCCAAGAAACCCGCCUUCAAUAUUCAUUCCCACUCUUCUAUGCCCCAGUCGGCAUUAUUCACCACCUUUUCCACUGUAAAUCCAGACUCAUCAAAGGAGAAUCAACAUCCUGAGGAAACUUCAAAUGGAAGUUUCGCUGACUUCCCAGAACCCUCAUAUGAAUCUAAGAUCCCCAUGAAGCGAUCUCUCAUGGAAGCUGCCCCUCUCAAGGAACGAUUCAUCAAGAAGCAAAAGUGCGAAGACGCGACAAUGAGCCAUAUUCCAGAACCACAUGCCAUGCCUUCGGUAGAAGAUGAUGGCACCAAGCCACCCUACAGUUAUGCGACAUUGAUCGGCAUGUCCAUUUUGCGCGCCCCAAGUCGUCGCCUGACCUUGGCGCAAAUUUACAAGUGGAUUUCAGAUACAUUCUGCUACUACAAGAACAGCGAUCCUGGCUGGCAGAACAGUAUUCGCCAUAAUCUCAGUCUCAACAAAGCCUUCAUCAAACAGGAGCGACCCAAAGAUGACCCAGGUAAGGGUAACUACUGGGCUAUUGAAACAGGAAUGGAACAGCAGUUCUUGAAGGACAAGCAAGUGCGACGCGCCACCAUGUCAAGCCUACCCCUUCCUGCCGCUCCUCAGCGCGAUCUUAUUCCACAACCUCAGAGUGUCAGCACCACCUGGAUGGUUCCACCACCUACUCACCAACAAUCCACCCAACAACAAUCUACCCACCAACAACCAACUCACCAACAAGCACCUCCCAAACCUCCUCCCCCAGUUGAUCUAUCAUCAGAUGCAACUCUGCCCGCUUCAGACCCUGCACUGCAGGACGAUACUGACGAGGGUCCCCACACAACGGUCCCACAUGCCGCACCACUCCGUUCAUCACCUCCACAAACCAUUCGAUCCUCUCCACCCAUUGCGCCACCUCGAUUCACUCGUCAAGGAACACCUCCCACUCCUGGCCAAGUGGUCCCUACACCGGGACAUCGUCCCCGCAAGCGCAAGACACUUGCUAUGAAUGACAGCGGGUACUUCUCAUCUUUAGAGUCCUCCGCUAUGAGACCAAACAAGGCCGGCCAUAUUCUCACUUCUGAUCUUGAUAUUGAACCCCCGCGCAUCAAGCGAGGUCGGGCUGAGGAGGAGAUUGCGCGCAUUCGAAGCUCAUCCCAUGAUAUGAGUCCUGGGCAGUCCACCAUGCGCAAAGAUCCAUGCACCCUGGCCUGCUCUUCCCCACUUCGUGGCCAGUACGUCAGCAUGUUGCCUCCGCCAUUGACACCGGUGAUCAAGUUCAAGAAGCCCGCCAAACCACCUCCAUCCGUGUCUCCAAACACGAAUCUGCGCAAUCACCGCCGCAAAAUCCAGCAGAUGGUGAACUCGCCCAUCAAGAACUUGGGUCUGACCGACGAGGAUCUACCAUGGAGCCCCGCAUUCAAUCUUCAUGACGAGAACUAUACUCCUCAAGAUCAUUUCCAUACUAGCUUUGAUGUCUUUGCCGACAUCAGCGCAGAUAACACCGUUUCCUACGGUUCUCCUGAGAAGCGGUCCGUCAAGCGCCAACGCAUGAGCAGUGGAAGUAUGGCCUUGUAUGACGUUACCUCCAGCAAUGUCAACACUAGGCUAGGUGUGCCAUCGUUGACUCGCUCCAAGACAUCCGUUUUCCCAGAUUCGCCCUCGAAGAUGUCGGGAGACGCCAGCCAAGAAGACUUCUUCUCCUUCCAUCUCUUUGACGAAAGCAACGACAGCUCAGGCGAAGUGGAUGGCGUUGAUCUCCUACAAGGCUUCCAGAAGAUUGGUGGCAAAAAGGAUGACCUGAUGAAGCCCAAGUCAUUACAUUCACGCCCGCAUUUGAGCACCCGCAGCAAUACUACUCUUUUCUGA